CAUUUAUACUCUUUUCCUAGGGCGGGUCUUCAGGCGACCCGGAAGCGGAAGUCGAGGAACGUUCUAGUGCCCUGAGACCUCGGCGUGAGCGGCCGAGGAGCGGGAGGAGCCGUUAGUGGCGCCGGAGCUGCGGGAUUAAGAUCCAUCGAGAUGACCACCUCCCAAAAACAUCGAGAUUUCGUGGCCGAGCCCAUGGGGGAAAAGCCAGUGGGGAGCCUGGCCGGGAUUGGUGAAGUCCUAGGCAAGAAGCUGGAGGAAAGGGGCUUUGACAAGGCCUAUGUGGUCCUUGGCCAGUUUCUGGUGCUAAAGAAAGAUGAAGACCUCUUCCGGGAGUGGCUGAAGGACACAUGUGGCGCCAACGCCAAGCAGUCCCGGGACUGCUUCGGGUGCCUUCGAGAGUGGUGUGAUGCCUUCUUGUGAUGCUGUCUGGAGACCCCUCCGCCCCCAGCCCCUGAGUCGAGUCUCCAGUGUUUGCAGCUGAGUGGAGGCUCUUCCCUACAAAAGAAAAGAUGGCUGUUGUCACACUCGCCUCCAAUGUACUCCAGGGUGUUUUGGGGGUUCUCACCAUUUCAAGUUUUUUGGAAUUCUCACUCUUGCAUGCAUCGCCCGUCCUCUCCACUUCCACACCUUUGAGAGUGGAUUCCUGGCCUCUUUCCUCCCCUCCCUCCCCUCUGGUCUGUUGGAUGCCAUUUGGCCACUUUUUUUGGCAGUAGUUACUGUCCUUGUAAAGUUUUCUAGAUCAAUAAAGUCAGUGGCCUUCA